AUGACAUCCAUCCUAAAGAAGAUUGCCUUGCUCGCCCUCCUCGGAGGUAGUGCCACUAUCACCAAUGCGCAGACUUCCGGUACUGAGCGACAAUCCGCUCGCAGACAUGGCGGCGAAAUCAAGCUGCGAUUUCUCGGUCUCGAAUGGGCCUGCAUUCGAACCAAACUCACCUUCACCUCUGGCCCCGUCUCUGGUAAGAAGUUUGUCGUCCAAGCCACCAACACAGGUGGCGACCUGGGCGACAACCACUUCGACCUCGCGAUAUCUGGCGGCGUCGGCAUCUUCAACGGCUGCGCAAAUGAGUGGGGCGCACCUCCCAACAGCUGGGGCGCGCAAUACGGCGGCAUCUCCUCUCGCUCGGAGUGCGACUCGUUCUCGGAUAAGCUGAAGCCUGGGUGUUGUUGGCGCUUCGACUGGUUCCAGAAUGCGGAUAACCCCGCGGUUAGCUGGCAGAAGGUUACGUGUCCGGCACAGUUGACGGACCUGACGGGCUGUGUGAGAAAUGAUGAGACGCCGACGCCGGGCAUUAGUGCGACGGCGACAGCGACAGCGACAGCGACAGCGACAGCGACAGCGACAGUGACAGUGACAGUGACAGUGACAGUGAGUGGUGCGUUGAGUUCUGUGGCGGCGGUGACGGGGUCAAGUGGUGGUAAUGGGCUGACUGUGGCGCAUUGGGGUCAGUGUGGGGGAGUGAGUUGGACGGGUGCGACACAGUGUGUGAGCGGGACGACUUGUGUGGAGCUCAAUGCGUACUACUUCAAUGCCUGUGAGUUUUCGUAUGGGGUUCGAGAAAAACGAUGA